UUCUCUCGGACCCCCCCCCCCCCCCCCCCCCGGUUCUUUGUGCUGCAGCACUUUCCCCUGUCGGAUAGAAAAGGCCUCCAAGAUAGAUUCCCUCAGGAGUAAAGUGGACUUGCUGCGCCUCCCCCUGGCCCUCUCCUCCAAGUCCAUCAGCGACCGCAAGAGCCAGCUGGGCGUGGUCUGGGAGAAGGGCGGCGGCGGCGGCGGCUCAGGGGCAGCACGGGCUCAGAAACCCCGCCCACCGCCGGCCUCCGACAUGGACAACGAGUCGAUGUACUCGAGCUACUCCUUCAAGUCGUCCCACUCACGGACGUCCCGCAAACACAGAGAGCGGCGGGACAAGCAUCGCUCAAAGAGCCGCGACGGCACCGUCCGCGGGGACAAGUCGGUGAGCAUCCAGGCCCCCGGGGAGCCGCUGCUCGAUGCCGAGUCCACCAGGGGAGACGACAGGGACGACAACUGGGGCGAGACCACCACGGUGGUCACCGGCACCUCGGUGGACAGCGUCUCCAACGAGGACCUGACGCGGAUCUCCAAGGAGCUGGAGGAGUCCUCGCCGCUGGAGUGUCGCCGUUACCUCGGCGUGGUGCUGGGCGCCGUCCUGGGGCUCUUUGCGCUCGUCACGCCUCUGGCCUUCUUGGCCCUCCCGCAGCUGCUGUGGCGGGACAACCUGGAGCCGUGCGGCACGCCGUGCGAGGGCCUUUACAUUUCCCUGGCCUUCAAGCUGCUGAUCCUCCUCAUCUCCACCUGGGCGCUGUUCCUGCGCCCGCCCCGGGCCACGCUGCCGCGCUUCUUCAUCUACCGCUGUCUGCUGCUGGCGCUGGUCUUCCUCUUCGUGGCGUCCUACUGGCUCUUCUACGGCGUGCGCGUGCUGGAGCCCAGGGAGACGGACUACAGGGGGAUUGUGGGCUACGCGGCCUCUCUGGUGGACGCGCUGCUGUUCAUCCAGUACCUGGCCCUGGUGCUGCUGGAGGUCAGACACCUGCAGCCGGCCUUCUGCCUGAAGGUGGUGAGGACGACGGAUGGAGCCAGUCGCUUCUACAGCGUGGGACAUCUCAGCAUUCAGCGGGCAGCGGCGUGGCUCCUGGACCAGUACUACAGCGACUUCCCGGUCUACAACCCCGCCCUGCUCAAUCUGCCCAAGUCCAUCCUCACCAGGAAGAUGUCCGCCUUCAAGGUCUACAACCUAGAAGAGAACAGCACCAACGCCUCCACGGGCCAGUCCAGAGCCAUGAUCGCAGCCACGGCUCGGAGAAGAGACAACUCCCACAACGAGUUCUACUACGAGGAGGCGGAGGUGGAGCGGAGGGUCCGCAAGCGCAAGGCCAGGCUUGUGGUGGCAGUGGAAGAGGCCUUCACCCACAUCAAGCGUCACCAGGAGGAGGCGGCGGCGACCGCAUCCUCACCCAAACACCCGCGGGAGGUGAUGGACCCCAGGGAGGCGGCGCAGGCCAUCUUCGCUCCCAUGGCGCGGGCCAUGCAGAAGUACCUGCGUGCCACCAGGCAGCAGUCGUACCACAGCAUGGAGAGCAUCAUCAACCACCUGCAGUUCUGCAUCACGCACAGCAUGACGCCCAAGGCCUUCCUCGAGCGCUACCUCAGCCCCGGUCCCACCCUCCAAUACCUGGACGGCAGUAGGGGGCGCCAGUGGACGCUGGUGAGCGAGGAGCCCGUGACGGCCGCGCUGCGCCGGGGCCAGGUCUUCACCCUGAAACGGCCAGACUUCUCCCUGGUCGUCACGGCGACGCCGCUUCCCUUCCUGAGCCUGGGCGAGGAGUUCGUCGACCCCAAGAGUCACAAGUUUGUCAUGAAGCUGCAGUCGGAAACCUCGGUGUAGUGGCGGCGGAGAGGGACUCUCGCUGCACACAAAACAACAUUUUGGGGUUUUUUUUCUAUCUGGUGAUUAAUGUGUCGCGUCUGAAAUAUGAACUUACAGAAAAGAAGAGGCGCGGCGACAGAAGUGCCACAACGCUGACCUUGUUUCUAGGAAAGAUUUUUUUUAAAACAUGACACAUCUCCCACAGUGCUGACUGUCAACUUGUGAUAAUGCACUUUAGGCUGCGUCCGCUUCCGAUCACACCAAGCGAGUCUGUUCUUCAGUCAUGGGACAUUACACAUUUUGGAUUAAUGCGUUAUUUCGACUCUAUACAUUGGAUUGUAGCCACACUUUAAAUUCAUGUAAGACUGAUUUCAGAGGAUUUGGACAUCUACGACUUGUGGUGAACAUUAAAAGUCUUCCACCUCUGUAAGAACAGCGUGUAGCUGCCCUCUUCAUUUAACGCAGCCGACCUUACUUCUCUUUCUUUCUUUUGUUUUUACCUGAUCUUCUCGUUCACGGUCCGAAUCGAGUGGAGAGCGACAACGCCGCCCAUGGACCACUUCCUCUUCCUUUUCUGAUUCCGACGAGCGGCUUGCUGAAUAGCGGCCACGCAUUCUUCCUACUUGUGAGACGAAGUAGGAAGGAAUAAACACUCGAUGGACUUCUGCCGCGUUGAUUUCCCCCGUUUUAGUGAAUCGCUUUUAUUGUCUUGGAUUUCCUCCCAACGUACGUGUUGUUGUUCAUUUGUUUGUGCACUAAUAUUCAGUUACACUGGAAGUUUUUCACCUCUGCAUAAGCUCCGGCACAUGACGGCCAGGUACUGCCAGUGUGCUUCUUUUUCACCUGGAUUACUGUCUGAUAUUUUUUUUUAUGCGUGUGCCCGUUAUCAAACUUGUCACUUGUGCUCACUCUCUUUGAGGCCAUUGGCAAACUUCUCGCAGCCUCACGUUCAUGUUGGUCAACAGCCAGAGCCGACUGUAUUACACUUGGGUACGGACUGGGAAGCAGAUCCGGGAUGUCAAAAGUUUAUUGUGUUGUGUGUUUUUAAUGACUAAUAAAUCAUUUCAAUUAUCA